AUGGCGCUCACCGACGGAGAGUCUGACAACGAGAGCGUCCAUCCGCCAGAUUCUCCCAAGCUUUCUGCUGCUGCGUCCGAAAGCCCCCAAGGUUUAGUGGAAGACAUGGCGGCAUAUGAUUUUGAUGUUCGUCACACUUGCCCAGUCGAAGGAGAGUCCCUCAACACAUCAUGGCUCAAUCAUAUAUUUAUCGAUGAGCUAUUUCUCAAUACAGAUUAUCCAGAAUUCAAAUUCAACGUUGAUAAAGCACUGGAGCGCGGUCUUAUUUCUUCACUGAGCGUUGCUAGCCACAUCACUACCAUUUUUGGUCAGCAGGAAGGAUAUCAACUUGGAAGAGUGUUGGAAUACCAGACAGUAACUUCUUCAACGGCUUUGAGGUGGUUGUUGAUUGCAUAUGGAUCGCAUUCAACGCGGAAAUACUUCGUGGAUAGCUGUAUGGAUGUCGCGAAGGAGGUUGAUGGACUGAUGAAAACAGAGCCGGGACGAAGUGUCUAUAUGCAAGGUGAACAAAUUCUUGCUCAACAGAACGCAGCAAAGGAGUGGUUGGAAAAGGUAAAGAAAUGUGCGGGAGUGCUGAACUAUUGGUUGCGAGUUGCUGAAGAGCAACUUAAAUUCGAUCAGCGCUGGGGCAUAGCCAAGAAGUGGGUUUUGCAUGGAGACGGUUGGGGACACUUGGAACAGAUUUGGAGAACAGGAGUUAUAGAGAAGUUGACGAUGAAUCUUCGGAAGGCGAAGUCGAGUAUCGCGAUCAAGUUGAUGGAGGCAGGUCAGAAUCCUGACUAUAGUCUACAAUAUGUCAAUUUGUUGCGAGAUGCAGGUGUCGCAGAUGGCGGAGAGCCAGAACGACUGGUAUUCUGGCCUCAGACUGGCAAACUUGAAUGGGUUUAUCCAACGCAAGAGCCAAGAAUUUCGAAGGUGGUAGCGGAGCAAAUUCGGAUGAGUGCAGGUCUUUUCUUGAAUGACAUUUCGCGACAACGUCAAAUCGCUGCUGUACCAGAAAUUGCUCCUUACGUAAAGCCGAACAGCCUCCCGGUUGAACAAGAUACUCUUGAUCAGCAUCCUGCCCCUCGGAUACUUAUAAACGGACGUUCUGAUCUUCAGGAUGUUACUUCUCAAGGACUCCCUGAUCGCUAUACUACUACAGACUCAGAAAUUGCUUCUCAAACAAGAAUUGGAAUUCCUCUUGUAGAACAAGAAACGGCACAGCAAACACUUCCAGGUCUCCCUAAUAAUGGCCGAACACAUGAAAACAUCACACCUCGAGUCAAGACAAACAUGUUUGCUACUGACUGGGAAGACACUCCAGUACGACCAGGCAAAUCUACAACAUGGUAUUGGGGCCGAGAACCACGUCCAAUUGGUCAUGGUAGUGUUUCUCAAGAACUAGAGGAUUCUAGAUUCUGGUAUUCUGCAAGAAAGUCGUCUGACACACCGAAUGCCAUUGAAGCUGGCGUAACAGUACCUCUUUCGUCUCUUCCGCGAGCUAAGGCCGAGGAAAAUGAGUCGGCUUCUUGGGUUGGAGGGCUUGGCCGCGACAGCAACACACUUCCAGGCACUAAGGGUGAUAUCACCAAAAAAGAAGACACGAAAGACAUCAAUUCUGGUUGUAUUACGAGCAAGAAUCGACCAUAUGUCCAUAUUGAUUUGGCUGACCUAGGAGAGAGGUUGGCAGUUUUGGACGCUGCAGAACUGAGAGCAGUGGAAGAAAGAAACCAGCAAGACAAUCGAAGCUUAGCCCAACAGACACAAUUGGAUCUACCAAGAAGACACACACAACUUAGGGAAGAACUCCAGAAUUCUGCAAAGAUAAAGAAGACUCUACUAGAUAAGCUAGACAGUGAUACACCAAUAGGUUCGAAGAUGGAUGCGGUGGGAAUAUUUCUUGAUGCGAUAGAAGAAGAGACUGAGAAGGUGCAAGGAUGGACAGAGGAUCUGCGAGAAGCCGAGGCGGAACUUGAUCGUGGUUAUGAUGGAGAUUGGGAGGAAUCGCAAAGUGAAGAAACGCAGAAUGACAAGCAAGCAAUAUUGAGAACAAGUGCGGAAUACUCAUCAUCAUCACCAUCAUCAAAAGGAAAAAAGCAUACACAGAUGAUCGAAGGAUCCUCAACAAGAUCGCUUGUUAAGGGAGACAGUAUUGAGAACGAGAAGCAAGAGGCUAAGGAAAGUGUGCAUAAGGAGAUAGAGGGGACAGAUGCAAGCGAUGUCAUGGAACCCGCGAUAGCUCAAACUGUCGGACGAUUAUCAUUGGGAGAUUUGAAUGAUGGCAGGGUGGCUGGCUCAGACACUCGUGGCUAUGAUGGUGUCGGUCCAAGUUCGUCAGUCGAGGAGAAAACUACUAAGGCAGGCUAUACAGCAGAAGAACAUAACAUUCUCUCGCCAUCCGCUGGUAACUAA